AAAGGCGGACACACGGGAUACGGAGCGGAGAGCUGUCCUCUCUCAGUUAUUGUUUGUGGCGGCAGGCGGUACUAACACGCAGACACUCGGAGCGAGGACGAAAACCGACUCCCGGAUCGGAUAUACCUCAGGGCACAUUGACCAUCCAAGAUGUCGAACCGUGACUGGGAGCUGACCUGCAAGGUCUAUAUCGGGAACCUGGCCAACCAUACUUCACGACACGACAUCGAAUCGGCAUUCGGCAAAUACGGUAAUCUCCGUAAUGUUUGGGUCGCGAGGAACCCUCCCGGUUUCGCUUUCGUGGAGUUCGAAGACUCCCGGGACGCUGAAGACGCCGUAAGAGCUCUCGACGGCAGCAGGAUCUGUGGCUCUCGCGUUAAAUGUGAGAUGUCUCACGGCAAGAGGCGUAAUGGAGGUUUCCGAGGAGGACGUGGAGGGCGUCGAGAUCGCUCGAGGAGCUUCGAUCGGAGACGCUCUUUCUCUCGGAGUCGAUCCAGGUCUCGCAGCAGGUCAUACGGGAAGGAUCGAGCAGAACCUAGAGGUGGAGGAAUACCGCGAGGAGGAGCACGAGAAAGGAGCUUCUCACGGAGUCCAUCGAGAGAGAGGUCUCGCUCUAGAAACCGCAAUCGCGCAUCCUAAUUUUUUUCUGGGGAAAGAAGUAAUUCUCCGACUUCAACCGAAGCUCUCCUGAUGUGAGUUAAAGAAAAAGAAACGAUAGACAAUUCCACGAUGACGUACGAGCGAAAUAUUCGAUCAUUGUAAGCUCCGGUGUGCUCGAGCCCCAGACCGAUCAUGUAUGUAUGAUUCCUCCUUCUUCGCUUGACGCAAGAAUGCUCAAAUAAAAGACCAUUACGUAAAUCAGGCAAC